GUUACACAUUAGCUUUGACAGCAAAUUGAAGGAGCAAGUGAGCUGUUGGCGUUGACCAGACUAGUUUCCUACGUUGUCAGCAGGGUACUGUAGUCAUAUUUUGUACGUCAGAACAUACUCGACAUUUUUGACGACCAUAAGGAACAAACUACGAUUUCAGAGAAUCGAUGAACUCCCUCAAUUCGCUGUAAAACGUUAUCGGUUUCCUGGUUGGUACUAGCGCAGCCAUUUUGGGUUUCAAGACAACCACAGUCAGUAUCCCUGGUUGUGAGCAAUAGCUACGAUUAGAUUAAGUAGUACUUACUUUUCCCAGCUAGCUAGUUACAUUUCAUCUGAAGGCGUUCAAUAGUUAAGUGAUUAGAUACAUUUAGAGAGUGUAAGGGAGUGUCGUUUUAAAAGAAGAGGGGAUUUACGGUGACGAAUCCACGAUGAAUCCCGAAUAUGACUAUUUAUUCAAGCUGCUUCUGAUCGGUGAUUCUGGUGUCGGAAAGUCUUGCCUUCUGCUCCGAUUCGCAGAUGACACAUACACAGAAAGCUACAUCAGCACAAUCGGAGUGGACUUCAAAAUACGAACUAUAGAAUUAGACGGAAAGACCAUUAAACUUCAAAUCUGGGACACGGCGGGGCAGGAGAGGUUUCGCACCAUCACAUCCAGCUACUACAGGGGAGCCCAUGGAAUCAUUGUAGUCUACGACGUCACAGACCAGGAGUCUUUCAACAAUGUCAAACAGUGGCUACAGGAGAUUGACCGCUAUGCCAGUGAAAAUGUCAACAAGCUGUUGGUAGGGAACAAGUGUGACUUGACAACAAAGAAAGUAGUGGAUUACACAACAGCAAAGGAGUUUGCAGACUCCCUGGGCAUCCCGUUUUUGGAAACCAGUGCCAAGAAUGCCACUAACGUGGAGCAGGCCUUCAUGACUAUGGCUGCUGAGAUCAAGAAAAGAAUGGGCCCUGGGGCCACGACCGGAGGCAAUGAGAAGUCCAACGUCAAGAUCCAAAGUACGCCUGUCAAACCUGCCUCAGGGGGCUGCUGCUGAGAGAGAAUCCCACCACUCACAAACACCUCUGGUCCCAACUCUGGCCUGUCAGUCCCUCCACCUGGUCCCAUUGUCCACCAUACCCAGCCUAACCGUACUAGAGAGAGAGGGGGUAGAGUCAGAGAGAUUGUGUGUGUGUCUGUGUGUGUGUUAGAGUUAUAACAAUAUCAAGUUGCCUGAAUUUGUACUCUUAAGUACUGUAGCCGCACUACCAAAACAAUACAAUUUGCCCUGGUAAAUAAUAAGUAGUAGCAGUCAGAUGGUCAGCCCCUCACUGGACCUUACAGAUCCCACCCUGGAGUGGAUUUACCCCCCGGAACCCCACAGAAACCACAAAAGUUGUUUGCCCAGUUAAUACCCUCUGCGUGCAUGUUCAUAAAAUAGUAUAUAAGUGUACGUGUGUGCGUGCGUGUGUGUGACUCUAACUUACUCUGUCUCACUGCAUUCCUAUUACAGGGUUGGUCUGUGGUCAAAUUCAUAGAUUUCUUCUUUUUUUUUUUACUCUCUUCCCUGCUUCCUUUUCUUCUGUGUUGAUGAUUUUUCUGUUUGUAUUGGCAUGUGUAGAUCUGUCCCUUUCAAAGGUGUUUAUUCGCCAAUUUGCGUGUCAGCCAACUGCACAAGUGUCUCACUGUCUUGCGAAAAAUAUAUGUAUAUACAUUAUGUAUAUACUGUAUAUGUAAGAUCUGAUUUCCUAAAUCUGUAGACUUCAGUUCAUCCUCAGAGUAGUCUUGACUUAAUCUCUGCAUUACAUGUCUGGCUGCAGACAACUGUCAUUUUGUUGCACAACAUGUAACAUUUCAACUGAAAAAUAAAUAUUGUACUUCCAGACUGUAUGAUACUGAAAGUAUUAUUCUUGGUGGAAUAUGUAGAAACAUUUUGUUUUAUUUGUUCUACAUUUUAUGGCAAAUUAUAUUGUACCAGUAACUUAGGAUCUGUUUGCAAAUUGGCCAUUAUCUGUGGAAUAUCUCAGUAGAGAAUUGCAAAUAUAAAACACUAUGUUCUUUUUUUUUUUCAUAAUAAAGGCAACUGAAGUUUUAAAAAAC